AAUUUCAUCAUUUGCAAUUCGAUUGCUUAAAAGACCAGUUUAGCUAGAAUGAGAGGAAUAUGGCACUCAAUACUAUUUUCUUUGUUCUAAUCUGUCAGAUUUUAGCAGUUCCAAUCAAGGGCGAGGGCUACUUAGGUUAUGGACCUGAUUUAACAGGCACUGCCGGCGAAAUUUGGCCCAAACCAUUGUGGCAGGAUGAUUCAGGUCGUUAUUUUGACAUGGAUCCCAAUAAUUUUCAAUUUGUGGCUGUGAACAGAAAUUGUCCCCUACUUCAAGAUGCCAUUUCACGGUAUGCCGAUAUCAUUCGCAAAUCGGCUCAAGGUUAUGUCAAGGCACCACAAACAAAAGUUGUGCGCCGAAUUCAGAAGCUAAGUGUCAAUCUGACAAGAACAUGCGGAACACUUCCCAGUUUGGAUAUGGAUGAGUCAUAUUAUGUUUGGGGUGAUGGACGCAUCAUUGCAAAUUCCAUCUGGGGGAUACUAAGAGGCCUGGAAACUAUUUCACAGCUUCUGGUGCCGAUGCCCAAUGGAAUGCUUCGUAUACCGGAAACAGAAAUUUAUGACGAGCCACGUUUCAAGUAUCGAGGCCUAAUGUUGGAUUCUGCUCGUCAUUUUAUAAGUAAAACCAAAAUCCUACAACUUCUUGAAGGUAUGGCCUAUAACAAACUAAAUGUGUUCCACUGGCAUUUGACGGACGAUUCGGCAUUCCCAUUCAGUUCAGCAGUGUAUCCCGAACUGUCGCAAAAAGGUGCCUAUCGUCCGGAAUUGACUUACUCCCCGGAGGAUGUGAAGGAAAUUGUGGAAUUUGCCCGGAAGAGGGGUAUACGUGUAAUCCCUGAAUUCGAUACCCCAGGUCACACCGCAUCUUGGGGUGCAUCUCAUCCAGAAAUAAUGACAACCUGCUCCGGCCAAUACAAUGGCCAGCUGGGACCCUUUAACCCAACAAAAGAAGCCACAUUUACACUUUUGUAUAAAUUCUUUAGUGAAAUCCGAAAUCUUUUCCCCGACAAAUAUUUACAUCUUGGUGUUGAUGAGGUUAAUCCUUCCUGCUGGGAAAGUAAUUCCCAGAUUCAAAACUAUUUAGCCUCCAAUGGCUUAGAUAAUGGCGACAUACCCUAUUUGUAUUUGGAAAGAUUCUCAGCAAAUAUUACGUCGUUGGGUUGGAAGCAAAUGGCGUGGCAAGAGGGUUUCAUAGAAAAUCCAUGGAUGGCUUGGCCCAAAGACACCAUUGCUCAGAUCUGGUUUGACUAUAAGGCAACCGCUGCCACCCUUACUAAACGUAAAUUCAAUGUCAUACGAAGCCAAGACUGGUAUUUGUACGUCUUGGAAACAGGCGGUGACUGGGAGAAAUUCUAUAAUGUGGAACCCACCGAUUUUAGUGGGACCGAUGCCCAGAAGCAAUUGGUCAUUGGCGGCGAAGCUUGUCUAUGGACCGAAUUCAUCAACGAGCACAAUGUCUUGCCGACCACCUUUCCCCGAGUGGCAGCUGUAGCCGAAAGGCUUUGGUCCGAACAAGCUCAUCGAAGCAUCGAUGAGGCGAAAUUACGCUUGGAAGAGCACAAUUGCCGUAUGGUCUACAGGGGCAUUGAGGCCAGACCGGCCAAUAGUUUUGGUCUUUGCUAGUGUAAGUGAAGCAAAAACCAACAACAACAACAACGUCUUAAUAAAAAAUGUUUGCAAUUAAAUCGAAA